AAAUGCAUUCGUGUAUAUACAUAAAAGAGAGUGCACCACCCGCGCGAUAAGCGUCGCGCAGUUCCAUUUUGUAUAUAAUGUAACGUCUAUGCGCACCUCCGCCGGCAUGAGAGAGGUUAAGUGUUGAAAAUUCAAGCGGUGCUCGCGUAAAGGUGCACCACGCCGCGAUAUUCGAAUUUCGAACGAGAAGAACGAGACACGUCCUACAGUAUACACGUCUGCACUAUCGAUCGACGAUUCGUAACCGAGAAUUUUUCCACCGUAUUCUCUUGUGUAAAAUCGUACGUGACUCUCUGUGUGUUCGAGCUGUUUUUGAGCUCGAGUCGUCGUCGCAGUUUACGAGUAAUUUUUUCAGCGUCGAGAAUUUUCAAAGACAAAUGCAAAGGUGACGCGCGCGGGUGUAUGCCGCACCAGUGAUCGGUAUUAUCAAGAUUUUAUAUCGUAUCGAUUGUGUGUACACUGUCAAGCUCGAGAUAUUUGAAUCUCCAUCCAGCAGAUGUCGUUCGAGCACAGCUGGAAGCGGGCUGGAAUCUCCUCGCGGGCGGUAAGACUCUCUCAUCUCUCCGAGGCGGCUGACUCCCAUUGUGCGCGGUGGUGUCUAUCGAAUUACCUCGUCCAGAACUGCGAGUAUAGCAUUAUACCUUUGGGGAUAAGAAGAAGAAAAAUAAGCAAGGAUGGAGCGAACCAAUGGACAAACGACCGCCUCGACCGAGUGCCUCGACAAAGACCCGGAGGACGUGAGAAUCGGCGGCGUGGAAGGUGGAGCGACUCACUCGACGCUGUUCGUCGUCGACGGCAGGGGCAAAAAAUUGGCCGAAGUCAGAGGUCCUCAUACGAAUCACUGGGCGUUGGGCAUGGAGGAGACGGCCAGCAGGAUCAACGAGAUGAUCGUUAAAUCCAAGAAAGAGCUGAAUAUCUCGGAGACGACGCCGUACGAUAUCGUUGGCUUGAACCUGAGCGGCUGCGAGGAGGAGAAGAGCAAUCGCAGACUGGCCGAGACCCUGCUCAGACUCUAUCCUACAGCCUCCAAGGACUACACCGUUGGCUCGGACACCCUGGGCAGCGUCAAGACCGGCGUCUCCCAGGGCGGCAUCGUCCUCAUCUCCGGCACGGGCAGCAACGCACUGCUGAUCAAUCCCGACGGCAAGACCUACGGCUGCGGCGGCUGGGGCUACAUGAUGGGCGACGAGGGCGGCGCCUACUGGCUGGCCUUCCGAGCCGUCAAGUACGUCUUCGACGACAUGGACGGCCUGUGCCAGGCGCCGAGGCCGACGAGCUACGUAUGGCCGGCGAUGAGGAGCUACUUCGACGUGCAGGACCAGCAGGGUAUGCUGCCCCAUUUGUACGCGAAUUUCAACAAGUGCAAGUUCGCCAUGUUCACCAAGGAGCUGGCGCUGGGCUGCGAGCGCGGCGAUCCGCUCUGUCUGCUGCUGUUCUACGAGGCCGGACUGAUGCUGGCCAAGCACGUCAACGCCAUCACCUGCAAAGCUCACAACGAUCUGAAGACGGAGAAGGGCGGCCUCAAGGUCAUCUGCGUGGGCUCGGUCUGGAAGUCCUGGGACUACCUCAAGCCGGGCUUCAUCGAGGAGCUGCACAAGAGCGGCAACGUGGCGGAGCUCACCCUGCUGCGCCUCACGACCUCGGCGGCCCUCGGCGCCUGCUACAUAGCCGCCGACAAGCUCAACUGCGCGACCCUGCACAAGACCUACAAGAGCAACACCGAGAAGUUUUAUCAUUACAAGCGCGACAUGCACAACGGGGGGCUUCAGCAGCAGCAACCCGUGGCUUUUAAAAUAUUGGCCACGAGCUCGUCGACGACGACGACGACGGCGGCGGCGUCGAGCUACGGCAAUAGCAUCGAGAUUAGAUAGGAUCGACGCGACGACAGUGGCGAUCGAUGUUGAAUUUUUAUUUUUCGUUUUUUUUUUUGUAAUUUUAUUUUAAUAAUUCGUUAGAUAAAUGUAUAUUUAUAAUUAUUAUUAUUGAUUAAUUAUUUGUUUCGAUGAAUCUUGUUCUCUGCGCGAGCGCAAUCUCUCUCCGAUCUAGCCCUUAGAAUUUGAUCAUGUACGGGUAAUAACGAUACAAUUGUAAAACUUAGUUCAGUGUCUUCAUUUAUAUAUGUACGCUAUUUUAUGUAGAAUCUAUGUAAGGUAUAAAAGUAAGUAUCUUUAUAAAAAGUGCCUUAAACGAAUCGAUGUGUAUAACGAUAUAAUUAUAAUAUGCACCGUAUAUUCAUAGUUGCAGAAAAAUAUGUUUACUCUUUUACUUUUCAAAGAGAUGACUAUAUUUUUAUACGUACUCUCUAAAAUUUAUCAAGCAUAUCGAAUUUUCAAGAACUUUGAAAAAAAAAUAUAUAUAUAGUACAUGUAUGUAAAAAUACUCUUAAUACUCUCUGUAGUAAAUUAAAAGAAAAAAAGGUAAUAAAUGUUGCUAUGAUUUUUUUUUUCUAAGAAAAAAAAAUAGUUUUGUUUCGCACGACGAGGAGAAAUAUAAACAACAACAACAACAAAAAAAAAACAAAAACCAAUCCGAUGAACUGUAAAGACGCGCGAUGGUGUUUAACCUUUUUCGAAAUUUUAAUUGUUAUAGUGCCGUAAUAUGUUUGGAAUUUUUGACUUAUUAAAAUCCGUCGUAGACUGGUCAGUGUCAUUGCUAGCCUUCGUGGUCAAGGCUGUCCUCUAUCUAAUUCUCUUUAUACUUUCUUUGUUGCUGCUCUCCGUGUCGAUGUCAGUGACGAUAGUUAUGAUACUGAUCUUCCUCGAGAUACUCAUGCCUCGCGACGACAGCGAGAGCUCGACCGGCAAUUGAUGGACGUACACAUUUUUUUAUAAAUACGCUUAAAGUAGACAUGAUACAUUUUUAUGAGCAAGGUAAAGACGUGAACAAAAACCACAUUGUUUUUAUGAAAAAGAAUAUAUUCUGAUUUUAUAACAUGUA